UUUUUUUUUUUAUGAUGGAUGAGGCCGAGUCAAGGUUCAGCCAUCUUCUUCAGCCCAUUCGGGACCUGACUAAGAAUUGGGUUGAUGUUGCUGCUCAGUUGGGAGAGUAUCUAGAUGAGUUGGAUCAGAUCUGUAUUUCUUUUGAUGGUGGAAAAACCACAAUGAAUUUUGCAGAGGCAGCUCUUCUUAUUCAAGGAUCAGCAUGUAUUUACAGCAAAAAGGUGGAAUACCUUUACUCAAUGGUUUACCAAGCACUGGAUUGCAUCUCCAAUAAAAAGAGAAACCAACAGCCUACUUCCAUAGGACAGGAUGGUGUUGACAAUGAUGCCAAUUUUGUGAACAGAAAUGAAGAGGAAGAGUUUCUUUCUCUUGAUGAUAUUUGUAAUAAAACCAAAGGAAAUGUGGAUAUGAAGAAUGAUAGGUCCACUAAUGCUAUAGAGAUUGUUCCUUUAACACCUAUGGCUUUAGUGCCACCAGAAGAGCAAGAAAAAAAAAAUAAUCCACUUUACAGCCGAAAAGGAGAAAUUCUGGCAAGUUGUAAAGAUUUCCGCAUGAAUACGUACACACCACAUGUAAAUGGAGCUUAUGUAUUGGAGCUGGCAGGGCUAUCUCCAACACAGCUUAUGCUAAGAGACCUUCAUUUUAACAACUUAAACUGUUCAGUGUUGAAUGCUGUUCCAAUGGAAGAGGUUGAAAACCCACACAUUGAUUCUAGCAGCCAUGACUGCCCCUUGCCUGUGCUUGAUCUUUCAGCUGCCAGUGGUAAUGAUAAUGGUCUGAAUGAUACAGCUGUGGACAGGUCUUUCCUACCACUUGCACAAGAUGUUGAAAUGAACAUAGAUACAACUCCACAAGAGCAUAUUGAAAGACAAAAGGUGCAGACUACUCAUGACAGGUACUUGCUGCGAGAGCAGCCUCUUGUGCUAAAUGAGGAAAAGACAGAAAAAGUACAGGAAGUGAUAGAUCCCUGGAAAAGUCUUGAUCCUUUCACUUCUUCUGAAGACAAACCGUUUAGAAAUGGAAAGUAUUUUACUAUACCUAAAAACAUUGAAGAAACUGCAGGAGGCAAGAGAAAAAGGAAAGCACCAACCAAAUUUCAAGACUUCAGAAAGUUUUUUUCUGGGACAUUUUGUGAAGUAUCUGACAUUAGAAAAAACAAGAAGAAUGGACCUACAUUUGCAGAUAUGGAAAUUUUAUACUGGAAGCAUAUGAAAGAGAGGUUCAAGGGAAAAAAGAAAAUGGGAAUUUUAUUUUCAAAUGAGAAUGCUGCUCUGGAGAAUAAUUUUGACAAUGAACAUCAGAAUGAUAUUGAAGCCUUAUGUCAUGGUGAUUAUCCUGAUGAUGUUGAAGAAGAUUCCUUUUCCAAUCAUGAAGAUGAAGAUGCAAAUGAUCCUAUGAACAUAGUUCACGAGCAAGAAAUAUUAUCAGACGAAAUAAGAGAAGAAAGGCUUAGUUAUGAAGAUCUGGUACAGAGAAAUGUGGAAUUGUUUAUUGCCAACUCUCAAAAGUAUGCACAGGAGACAUCUUUGUCCAUCAGAAUUAAAGAAUGGGAAGAUCAAAUGAGGCCACUUUUAACAGAACAGGAAGAAAGAAUACCAUUUGAUAUCCACGAUUAUGGAAAUAAGAUUGUGGACGCCUUUAAUCAUGUGGGAGAAAGAAAAUUAUUUGCUUCUAUCGUACGUGACAAAGAAGCAUUUGAGGUGUGUCGCUACAUGUUGGCAUCUCUGCAGCUGGCAAAUGACUACACCGUGCAAAUAGAUCAAAACCCAGGGCUUCAUGAAGCACUCGAUACCAUGGGACUUAAGUUACUCAGCCAGCAAUGUGCACAUGAAAGAUUUAAAACAUACACUGCUCCUUCCCUUUCUGAUAAUUAAAUAAUACUCUGCCUCCCUGUAUUCAUGUUUCUGAAUGAUAACUGAAAAUAGAUUAUCCUGUGUGUGUGGCUGAGGAACAAAUGACCGUAAAACGUUGGGAAAAAAACAAUGUAAUGUUCUUUCAAAGAUAUACUGUAAAGACAUUUUUACCAGUGUACAGAAUCAGUUCAUUUAGUGUUUUGAGAUUUGUUUUUAAUAAUAACAAAUAUACUGAAUCCUCAAUAACAUUGUUGCCAACCUGAUAACUGAUUCUAUUAUUGCGCCCUUCUUUGUAUGUUUUAUUUGCUUUGUGUAUCGUAUACACAUAGAUAAUCAAGAUUUAGCAGUCGAAAUGUUAAGGAAUUUUCCUUACAGACACCCAGUGGGGGAAACGCCAUUUGUGUGCACCAUCUUACAAAGCUACACUUCUGAGAACAUGUAAUGGGCACAGGUCAGGAACCAAAAUCCAUAAUGCUGCACCAUGCUGCCUGCCAGGAAGACUUUCUGGCGCAUCUGUUUUUUAUUUUUAAUACUUGAUUAAUAUAUGUGCACAUUUUUGAAAUGGGACCUAUUUCUUGAACAUUUAAGAGAUGGUUUGGGAAAGGAUAUUAAUAAGUUUUUUUCCUCGUUAUUUUCUACUUAACAAAAGUUAUUGAGGUUUUAAUGUAUUUUAUCUUGGUAAAAUGCCUCAUGCCACUGUUAAUAUUUUACUUGUACUGCAUAUCAAAAAUUAUUUUACUAUGUUUGUAAAUAUUUUUAUUAAAAGAGCAGUACUAACAA